AUGGGUCAAAAGCUGGAGAAGUUAUCUGAAAAGGAUGAGGACUCGGUGGACCACUCUGAUUGGUCGGAGCAGACGGGAUCAGACCUCAAAGACCCGGACUGUGUCACUGUCACUGCUGCACGUACAGACCUCCACACCCACCAGCCAAUCCAGGCCCACCUCCACACACAGGGUCCCACUCCGGCUUCAGCGGAGUCCAACCCUCCAGACCAGACGCAGAGGUCGAGGCAGACUAAUAAUACACCCAGAGAAAAGCAGGCGCUGGUCUGUUUUGGGACAGCAGCUAUGGAGGGGCAGGGGAAAGGCUUGGGACGACUGCAACACGAGGAGGAAGAGUUUGUGGAUAGUCAAGAAGACCAGACGUGGACUUCCAACGGGGAAAACGCAGAAAUUGUAAGCGACCGGAUUCAUGUGUUUUCUCAAGAAGAAGCCACAAAUGGGACUUCAAUGAGUGGAGCUGGAGCAACACGUUUGGGGGAAGUGACAGGCGGCAGGUGUGGUGUUGGUGCGACCCACACUGAGGAAGCUGGGAGAGAGGCUGAAGGCACAGGGGACCACGGCGAGAGGGGAAUCAGGAGUGCUCCAAUCCCUAAGAGCAGGGGUUUGCUGAAGAGGAUCGUGAGACGCAAGACCAAUGACGAGUGCGAGAUCAUUCCCUGUGAACCUGCAGUGAAGGAACAACUGGAAGGAGCAGAGAAGCUAGGUGUUGGUAAGGACAGAGAUAUGCACCGGGCUGCGGGGUCUGACUCCAAAAGAGAUGAUGCAAACCCAGGAAAGAAGCCGGAAAAUCAGUCAGACGCCAGCUCCUCUAAGCCUUCAAGCUCCCGGGUUCAACAGCCGAAACCUGAUCCGCUUUUAUUACUGGAACAAUGUGAGGAGAUACCUGCUCCGCGCUGCAGCAACGGACUGAAGGAGGUGGCCAGCUUCAAAAAGGAGAGCGAGUUUGUCUGCUUCUCUGCCGUCGUCACGCCUCCGCCUCCGACUCACGCCAUGCCCAAGAGAGAGUCCGAGAGAGGGUCCGAGAGAGAGAACAAGGGGGAGUCCAAGAGGGAGGCUGAGAGAGAGGCCAAGAAAGAGUCCGGGAGGGGGUUCGAGAGAGAGGCCGAGAGAGAGGCCGAGAGAGAGUCCAGGAGAGGGUUCGAGAGGGAGGCCGAGAGGGAGUCAGACAGAAGCGGGAAGAACCCAAAUCCAGGUCGCACUUUGGAGGGAGAGGUAGAGGCACCGAGUGAGAAGACCAAGGCAAAAGGCCCACCACCUCCUGUGCCCAAGAAACCCAAGAAUCCGUACGCCAAACUGAAAACGGCUCAACUGAUGUCGACAGAUGUGCAGAGGAGAAGCAAAGACCAGCAGCGCUCAGAGCAGAGAGCGAAGAGACGACACACCUUCCACUUCAACAAAGACCUGAUGGGACCGAAACCCAUGAACCAGGACAUGUGUCAGCUGUGGGACGAGAGAGGGUCCUACUUCCUCCCUCCGAGCUCCAGGCGUCUGUCCAUCGACCUGAGUCCGUGGGAGGAUCUGGCUUGUAACGCAGACCAGGGUCGGAGCCUAGUGGACUUCGACUACUGCGCCCGCAUCGGAGACCUGUCCCUGGGCGACGAGCCGCUGAAUCUGGACAUGCAGCAGAAGAGGCUGUUUCUGGAGCGACGGACGCGGUACAGGAGCCCGCCUUCCGCUGCGCCGAGGGAAACUGUCGAUCUCUGUGCCUCUGCGGAAUGCGAACGGAUGCAGGAAGCGGCGUCGGAGCGAGAGAACGUGCGAGAGGACGGAGAGAGGCUGGCGAGGAAGGAGAGACCAACGAGGAACCCACGAGACGGAGGUUCAAACGGUGACGACCAGAAAGUGUGUGAUGUGGCGUCGUACAAACCUGUGGCUGAGAUCGUGAAGGAGACGGACAAAAUCCAAAGACAUUCGUCGUUUAGACUAAAGGCGGACGUUCCCAAAGCUCCCAUCGUGGUGUCGGACCAAAGCGUCAACGUGUCGCAGAUGAAGAACGCUUUCGAUGUUCCGAAGAGAACCAGGGAGCGGCCGCCGGAGGAGCCAGCAGCUGCAAAGAAAGUUCUUGAAGACAUGUUGAGACGGGUUGUGCGCCAGAGUAAGUUCCGGCACGUGUUCGGCCAAGCGGUGAGGAACGACCAGUGCUACGAUGACAUCCGGGUGUCGCGGGUCACAUGGGACAGCUCCUUCUGCGCCGUCAACCCCAAGUUCGUGGCCAUCAUCAUCGACGCCAGCGGGGGAGGGGCCUUCCUGGUGCUGCCCCUGCACAAGACCGGCCGCAUUGAUAAAGUGUACCCCACAGUCUGUGGCCACACUGGCCCCGUCCUCGACAUCGAGUGGUGUCCGCACAACGACCACGUAAUCGCCAGCGGCUCCGAGGACUGCACCGUCAUGGUCUGGCAGGUCCCAGAGAACGGUCUGGAGUCUCCUCUGUCGGAGCCGGUCGUGGUCCUCGAGGGACACUCAAAGAGAGUCGGCAUCGUGUCCUGGCAUCCGACAGCUCGCAACGUCCUUCUGAGCGCUGGCUGUGAUAACCAGAUAGUGAUCUGGAACGUGGGGAGUGGAGAGGCCCUGAUCUCUCUAGACGACAUGCAUCCAGACGUGAUCUUCAGUGUGAGCUGGAGCCGCAGCGGACACCUGCUGUGCACGGCCUGCAAGGACAAGAAGGUCCGAGUCAUCGACCCCCGCAAGGGCAAGAUCGUGGUGGAGAAGGACAAAGCACAUGAGGGAGCGCGGCCGAUGAGAGCCAUCUUUUUAGCGAACGGAAACAUCUUCACCACAGGUUUCAGCCGCAUGAGUGAACGGCAGCUCGCCCUGUGGAAGAGUGACAACAUGGAUGAACCGAUCUGUGUCCAAGAAAUGGACUCCAGCAACGGGAUCCUCCUCCCCUUCUACGACCCGGACACCAGCGUGGUGUACCUCUGCGGGAAGGGCGACAGCAGCAUCCGAUACUUUGAAAUCACAGACGAGGCUCCGUUUGUUCACUACCUCAACACCUUCUCCACCAAGGAGCCGCAGAGAGGGAUGGGCUACAUGCCCAAGAGAGGCCUGGACGUCAACAAGUGCGAGAUAGCAAGAUUUUAUAAACUGCACGAAAGAAAAUGUGAACCCAUCAUUAUGACUGUCCCCCGCAAGUCGGAUCUUUUCCAGGACGACUUGUACCCGGACACCGCGGGGCCCGACCCGGCUCUGGAGGCUGAGGACUGGUUCGCAGGGAAGAACGGAAACCCCAUCCUCAUCUCGCUCAAGGACGGGUACGUGUCGUCCAAGAGCCGCGAACUCAAAGUCGUCAAAACCAACGUCCUGGAGUCAAAGACAGCUCCCAAACCAGCUCCCAAAGCAGAGAGCAUCCUCCCCCUGCAGAAGGCCCCGCCCCCCCAGCCCUCAGCGAGGGUGGAGGACAGACUGGAGGAGGUUAUGCGUGAGUUCAAGUCUCUCAGGGACCGUGUGAUCCUUCAGGACCGUCGCAUCGCCAGAUUGGAGGAGCAGGUCGCCAAGGUGGCCUUAUGA